AUGCGACGGGAACAGCAAGCCAAGGCAUCUGACCAUUCCGAAGAGGAGCUGCUGAAGGCCGUUGAGGAUGCCAAAGAGGCAGCCAGUGUGGCAGCAACGGCAGCAGCGGAGGCCAAGAAAGAGAUGGAAAUCAAAAGCCACCCGACGGUGCACAGCACCAGCAUCCCGCGGUUGGCGCCUAAUGUGGCCUAUGCGACCGAGGUUUUUGUCACAGAGCGCCCAACACAGGUUCCAGAGGCACAUCCAACGGAACGACCCUUCACCAGCACGACGACCAUGCGCUGGAGACACGCAUGUCCCGACAAUACCCGGGCGCCGCGGGGGACUUGGGUUGUCUAUAACCUCAGCUCAACUCCCAUUUUGCACUCCUGCUUGGCAAAGUCCUUGAAGCAGAAAGUGCCUGAUGAGUGUUGCCGGGCUCCUGGCACUGUGAACAUGGUGGGUGCAACCUUUGAGGAGCUCUACUUCAGCAACGACUAUGGCUCCUGCGUGACCUUGACGGCGGCCGGACCCCUGGCAGGGGCUGUAGCCAAGGUGCAGUGCAAUUCCGACAACACCGUGACCCUUGGGGAAAGCUGCGAUCAGGAUUGCAGCUGCAAGUUCCAGGAUGUCUACACUCCAGGCUGCUAUCGCGCCAGUGAUGCCUUGCCGGGCACUGCUUGGUUCAUUGUGGUGGCGGGCUGCGAUUGCACGGAGCAUAAG